AUGACACAUUUCUUCGUAUUGAAAUGGAUUGUGAUGCUAUUUUUCCUUUGGUUCUCAUCUGCGCAACAGUGUGAUCAACCUGUAACAACGGCACGAUUCGAUUGCUAUCCUGAGCCUUCUAUAUCACAAGAGAAAUGUCUUGCUCGCAAUUGCUGCUGGAAUCCGACAAAUCAGUUAUUAAAAGCUCGCUCAGCCAAUAAUUCUCUUGAAAUCGGUGUACCUUUGUGUUAUUAUCCACGCGAUUUCCCAGCUUAUAAAAUGACUUCUAAUGAAUCAACUGCUUUUGGUCAACGGCUAAUAAUUGUUAAACAGCAGUCGACCUAUAUGCCGAAUGAAAUCUUAAAUUUAACAGUUGAUCUUUUCUACGAAACAGCACAACGAUUUCGUUUACGAAUUUAUGAUUCAACAAAAGAACGCUUCGAAGUACCACUUGAAGUACCUGUUGUUAAAACAAAAGUUAAUGUCACUGAUUACGAAGUGUCAGUUAGUCAAGCACCUUUUUCUAUUCUUGUCAAACGAAAAUCGACUGGUGUGACAAUCCCAUUUCUUUAUGGUCUUGGUGAACAUCAACAACCUUUGUUGAUCAAUGUCACAAAUCAAUGGAAAAAGCUAACAUUUUGGACUCGUGAUACUGCUCCAGCUCAGCAUACCAAUCUGUACGGUGUCCAUCCAUUUCACAUCAACGUGGAAAUGAAAACCGAUAUGUCGACUAAUUUUCAUGGGCAAUUUUUUCUUAAUUCGAAUGCCAUGGAUAUUGAUCUGCAACCAUUACCCGCCAUUAGUUAUACAACAAUUGGAGGUAUCAUUGAUUUGUAUUUAUUUACUGGGUCUAGUGCGCAAGAUGUUAUUCAACAAUAUUGGGAUGUGAUCGGAAAGCCUACAAUGCCACCCUAUUGGUCGCUUGGCUUUCAUCUGUGUCGCUAUGGUUACAACAGUAUCGAAAAUUUACGAGCCGUUAUUCAGCGAAUGCAUGAUGCCGAAUUUCCAUAUGAUGUUCAAUGGACAGAUAUCGAUGCAAUGUCUUCUAGUCUUGAUUUUACCUAUGAUCAAAACAAUUUCCAUGGUCUACCAGAUCUUGUUCGUUCUUUACAGUCUGAAGGUAAACAUUAUGUCAAUAUCAUUGAUGUCGGUAUUAGUUCUACACAACCAUCUGGAACGUAUCCACCAUAUGAUGAUGGUUUGAAAAGAGCAAUUUUUAUGACUAAAUUCAAUUCAACCGUGCCGAUUGCAGGAAAGGUUUGGCCAGGAUUAACAGUCUUCCCAGACUUUACAAAUGCCAGUACUAUCGAAUGGUGGACGAAUAAUGCUGCUACAUUUCAUGAUAUCAUACCGUUCGAUGGCAUUUGGAUUGAUAUGAAUGAACCAUCAAAUUUAAUCGACGGUUCUUACGAUGGUUGUACAAAUAAUUCAUUAGAUAAACCUCCAUUUGUUCCAAAUGUUCUUGGCAAAUCACUCAGUUCAAAAACACUGUGUCCAUCAGCACAACAUGCAAUAUCUUCUCAUUAUAAUUUACACAAUAUGUACGGCUAUUUCGAAUCAAUAGCAACACAUCUUGCACUAAAAACAAUUCGUCACAAACGACCAUUUGUUUUAUCACGUUCGUCUUUUGCCGGCUCAGGUCAAUAUGCUGCUCAUUGGACGGGUGAUAAUGACGCGACGUACGAAGAUAUGUAUUUUUCAAUUUCGGACAUUCUCAGUUUUAAUAUGUUCGGAAUGCCCAAUGUUGGCGCUGAUAUAUGUGGCUUUCGAGAUGAUACAAGUGAGGAAUUGUGUACACGAUGGAUGCAACUGGGUGCAUUCUAUCCUUUCAUGAGAAAUCAUAAUGGUGUUCAGAAGGAUCAAGAUCCAGCUGUAUUUUCGUGGACAGCUCAACAGAUUAUGAAACAGGCACUUAUAAUGCGAUAUUCAUUGGCUCCAUUCUGGUAUACUCUUCAUUACAGAGCAGCGAUAGCAUCGGAAACUUUAUUGCAACCACUUCAUUUCGAAUUUUUCAAUGACAACAAAACAUUGGGGAUCGAUCGACAAUUUCUCAUUGGCCGUGCCAUUCUCGUCUCACCAAAUCUUGUUUCAAACGUAACUACGAUACAGGCAUAUAUUCCAGAAGAUGUUUGGUAUCAGUUCCCGUCUGGCGUUCAAGUGAACGUUGUCGGUGUAUUUGCCGAUCUUGACGCUCCUUUAGAAAAGAUUAAUAUUCAUAUUCGAGGUGGUUUUAUUAUUCCUAUGCAAAUACCCGGAGAUAAUUUAAUGCUCGGCCGUGGAAAUUCAUUUACUUUACUUAUCGCGCAGUCAGCAUUGGGAAAUGCAACUGGAAAUCUUUUUUGGGAUGAUGGUGACUCCAUGGAUUCUAUCGAAACAAGCACGUAUAACUACUUUGAAUUCUCAGUUGUUUCAAAUACAUUGACGAUCAAUGCAAUCGUAGAAAAUUACAAAGACUCACCAAUGCGUUUAGACCUUGUUCGCGUUUUUGGUGUUAGCAAACCAGUGACGAAUGUGACUGUCAAUGAAAAAGAUCACAAGGAAUAUUUCUAUAAUAUUCCUGAUCAAAUUUUAAUCGUGUAUGGCCUCGAUAUGGAUAUGCUUGCUCAACUUAUUCAAACAAUCAAAUGGACGACAACAACAAUAUUUGAUUAG